AUGGUAGAAAUCAAUAAUCAACGUAAGGCGUUCCUCGAUAUGCUGGCGUGGUCGGAGGGAACUGAUAACGGACGUCAGAAAACCAGAAAUCAUGGUUAUGACGUCAUUGUAGGCGGAGAGCUAUUUACUGAUUACUCCGAUCACCCUCGCAAACUUGUCACGCUAAACCCAAAACUCAAAUCAACAGGCGCCGGACGCUACCAGCUUCUUUCCCGUUGGUGGGAUGCCUACCGCAAGCAGCUUGGCCUGAAAGACUUCUCUCCGAAAAGUCAGGACGCUGUGGCAUUGCAGCAGAUUAAGGAGCGUGGCGCUUUACCUAUGAUUGAUCGUGGUGAUAUCCGUCAGGCAAUCGACCGUUGCAGCAAUAUCUGGGCUUCACUGCCGGGCGCUGGUUAUGGUCAGUUCGAGCAUAAGGCUGACAGCCUGAUUGCAAAAUUCAAAGAAGCGGGCGGAACGGUCAGAGAGAUUGAUCGCGACAAAAAUGCCAGAGAACUGAAGCUGGCGAACGCGGCAAUUACUGACAUGCAGAUGCGUCAGCGUGAUGUUGCUGCGCUCGAUGCAAAAUACACGAAGGAGUUAGCUGAUGCUAAAGCUGAAAAUGAUGCUCUGCGUGAUGAUGUUGCCGCUGGUCGUCGUCGGUUGCACAUCAAAGCAGUCUGUCAGUCAGUGCGUGAAGCCACCACCGCCUCCGGCGUGGAUAAUGCAGCCUCCCCCGACUGGCAGACACCGCUGAACGGGAUUAUUUCACCCUCAGAGAGAGGCUGA